GCGGGCGAUGAGCCCCGGGUGCCGCGCCACGAAGGGAGGGGCGGGUCUGGGCGGCCGCGGGGCGGGGGCUUCACGCGGUGUCGCUCUCCGCAGGCAUUCCGGCCGCGCCGCCUGGAGCAGCGCGAUGGCGUCGGUGACGAUGGCCACCUCGGAGUGGAUCCAGUUCUUCAAGGAAGCCGGGAUCCCCCCGGGCCCCGCGGUCAACUACGCCGUCACGUUCGUGGAUAACAGGAUCCAGAAGAAUAUGCUGAUGGACCUCAAUAAGGAGAUCAUGAAUGAGCUGGGUAUCACGAUAGUUGGCGAUAUUAUUGCCAUUCUGAAGCAUGCUAAAGUGGUAUAUCGGCAGGAAAUGUGCAAAGCUGCAACAGAAUCUGUGGCCUCCAGCCAAACUGCUUUGCAAUCUGAACUCCGCAGGAAUGCUAAUACUGCUGCCACCAGGAUGAUUGCCAACAGUUUAAGACGAGACUCUCCACCUUCUACUCCUGUUCGGAGGCCUGACACCAGUGCCUCCAAAAUCUCCAUCACUGUAUCCAACAAAAUGGCAGGAAAAAGCACCAAAGCAGCUGUUUGCGCUCCUCGGGCUGAGAAUCCCACCAUCCCAAUGAAGCGGCGCCGCGUCACAGCAGAGAUGGAAGGGAAGUACAUUGUCCACAUGCCCAAAGGAACGACUCCCAGGACUAAGAAGAUCCUGGAGCAGCAGCAGGCAGCAAAAGGUUUGCAAAGAACUUCUGUGUUUGACCGGCUUGGUGCAGAGACAGGUGGAGACACAGCAAUAGGAAGCAAGCCCACAGGAGUGUUCAGCCGGUUGGGGGACGUGCAGGAGGACAAAGCGGCUGACAGCGAUGACGACAGCUCUGUGCUCCAGUAUGCAGGAGUGCUGAAAAGACCUUCCCAGCCCAAGGAGAGCUGCAAAGUUGGCGUCGCCAUCAAGGCCAAAGCUACCAGCUCUGAGCCCAGGCAGGUGGCAGCUGAUGCCGCUGCCACCACUGUAAUCCGGCGACGGGGGAGCAAGAGUGUGGCUGGACCUGCCACUCCUGCCAAGGAAGGGAUGCAGGGCUUGUCUCCUGCCCCGGGCAGUGUGGCCAAGAGACUGGGCAAGCGCUCGCUGAAACUCCUUGAGGCCCAGGACAGCAGCGUUACCAGUUCCAGGAGCAGGCCGGACUCUUCCUUCCGAGUCACCAUAAACAGAACUUUAGGGAGCUCCAAGGUAAGCAGCUCCAGCCCUGUGGAGCCCCCCGGCGCUCAGAUGGACCACACGGGCACCGUCAGUGUCUUUAAGAGGCUGGGCAGGAAGACACUGUGAGCCUGGCCUGGGACCCCACUUGGAGGGAGCUUCCAGCCGAGGAGGGCAAGCGAGUGUGUGUGUGUGUGUGUGUUCAUCUCUCCCGUUGGCUCCCUUUGUGAUGGGGGGGGGGGGGGCUGCACUCCAGAGCCAAGGCAGAUCUGCUUCUGCGAAGCCCUUGGUUGGUUCUCCCAGCACUGUGUCCAGAGUUGCUUAGGGCCACACACUGGUUGAGGCAUCUGAAAGGCCAGUCCUGGCAGGGUGCGAGCGCUUAGAUGGCCUUGAAGAGAAAGCGAGGGGUUCUGGGCAGCCCUCUGAACACACCUUUUGUUUUUUCUCUGCAGGUGUUUGCUCUUCCCUAGGAAGUAGUGUCCAUAAGAGAGACAGGCGGUCCCUUCCUUCUUUUUCCCUUCUCUGUCCUGAGCUUUCAUCUGCCGACCCUGGAACUCGCGCAUUCCAGGAAGGGCAACUGACUGGGUGCCAGGCAUUUCUUUUAGCGGAUGCUGGAGCUGUGCCAUUGGUCUGGCAGCAUUCUGGGUUUCUUUCCUUUCCUUUCCCCGUUUUCUUAGAAUGGUUGAGAAAUGCCCCUCCUUGUCUUACACGUCAGGAUUCCUGACUGGCCUAGCUCGGUUUCUUUUGCUGCACUCCUGGAUUAAGCUGUUCUUGGAUUGGGUGUGUGGGUGUGCAAAUGGCUGCACCCGCAUUCCCUUAGACCUUUUUGAGCAAACAAAAGCCAUCUCAUUUUCCUCUCUUUUGAUGUCUUGAGGCUUUUCCCUCCGGCACCUGCCCUGCUGAAGGUGGUUAGCAUCAGUAAGGACAGGAUGGGACGGCCACCCCCCACCCCACUUGUGGCUCUGGCAGUGUGUCUUGGGAGGGGGCGGAAUCCUGGAGUUCAGCAGGCACACACCCUCCCCCGGCUGGCAGGAUUUGAGGUAGGCCAAUCACAGCUUUGGCCUUGGCCUUAGGAAAUGACAGGGCACCACAAGUUUAAGGAGGGGGAGAUCUGCUAGGAAAGGGUGCCCGGCACUGAUGGGCCCCUACGCUUUCCCACUGGAAGAAGCCCCAGCUCCUUUACAGAAAGUCAUUUGCCCCCACCCUGGCAAGAUCUCCAGGGGGAUCUGGGGCAGGCAGGGUCUUCGGCCUCCGGCAAAGAAAUUCCAUGGAUGCCAGCAGGUCUCAAGGCAGCCAAGGGGGAGAAGAAGCCGGUCCAUGCUGGGGGGAGGGGUGAUUCUGCCCCCCCCCCCCCCGCCCCCCCCCGCCCCCCCGGGCGGAGGGGGGGGGUUCGGGGGGAAGCAGGGCUGCCUCCCCCCCCCCCUCCCACGGUGUCCCACCUCCUUUCCCCCAGGGCUGCCGAUUCAGACCGGCUACAGACCCAGAGCUGCACGCCGGCUUAGCCGGCAGCGUCUAACGGGACUUCGCUGCUUGAAAGCGGGUUUGUCAAUUGGAGUCUCUGUACACUGGGAUGAUGCGAGCUUCAAGUUGUACCGCGGCCGCGCAGCCCUCGAGCCGGGCCGGCGAGCGUACGCUCAAAAUAAACGGUGUUUCCGCUCUG